AUGCCGCGAGGAAUACCCAACAUCAAGCGAGAUGACACGCAGGGCAUGCGUUACACGGGCUUUCAUGUACCACUGCAGCCGAACCCAAAGCACAUGAGCACAUCCUAUUUAAAAAGCGAGUCACAAACCAUAUGGGCUCGAAAAGCUGGCAAACAAAGAGCUGCUGAGGACACUAGAAGAGGAUCUCGAGUCAUCGUCAUCCAUCCGGGGUCGCAAAACCUUCGUAUUGGACGCGCUUGUGAUAUGAACCCUGUCACGAUCCCAAAUGUCAUCGCCCGGAAGGCUAAAACUCCAGUCCCUCCUCCCAUCUUUGUAGAAGGCAUCUCGCGCCCCCGCAAGGGGCGUCCAAAGAUGACUGCUUCGUUGUCUAGUAGCGAUGAGUAUGCUGUAACGCCUGCCUCCGAUGACCCAUUUGACGAGAAAAUCUCGUUGAUUCAGACAUCUUUGCGAGAUCGGAUGCGAUUCUACAAACUGCGAGUCACGCCAGAUGCUGCGAAUAAGGCUUCCAUGUUCAACGAACAAAUUAAACCAGAGAUCAUAGCAGAGGAGAACGACCCGUUCCGUACACAAUGGAUACUUGAAUCGAAGGGGGACGAGUUUCUGGACUAUUCCGUGAUGUUGGUGAUACCAGACUUCUAUGACCGGUCUUAUGUUCGCGAUAUGGCCUCGUUGAUACUGAUGAGAAUGGGCUUCAAGCAAUUGUGUGUACAGCAGGAAUCCCUGGCUGCAACGUACGGUGCAGGCAUCUCGAGCGCUUGUGUUGUGAACAUGGGCGCAGUUACCACAACAAUAGCAUGUGUUGAUGAAGGCAUGAUCGUCGCAGAUACUAGGAUGUACCUCAAUAUGGGCGGGGACUACAUUACAGAGUUUCUGUACGUGCUGCUUGAGAGAAUUAGUUUUCCUUAUCGAGACAUCAACCUUGCGCGAUCCUACGAUUGGGCCGUGAUGGAAGAUCUGAAGACCAGGUUGUGCACUUUAGCGGAGGGCGACGUCGCUCUCAAUCUAUACGAUUUCGUCGUCCGGCAGCCUGGAAAGGCUACAGAAAAAUACGGGCUUCGUGCUUAUGACGAGCUUAUAUUGGCACCCAUGUGUCUCUUCGAGCCUCGCGUCAUCGAAUUUGAGAGAAAGCGGAUAGGAAUGUGGCCAAUUCAACACCCUGAUGUCUCAGAUGAGAUAUCUGACCACCGGGAACACCGCGAUUCUCUUCCAGCAGACCAGUAUACCCAAGCUAUGAUCAUAUCGACACAGCACCUUUUCACGCGUCCUGAGGCCGCCUUUUCCCCCGGCCCGACAGAAGUGCGACAAGCGACGCCAUCGAGUUCAAAGACACCAUCCGUGGCGGGAAAACACAAUGGUGCACCCUCGCCUCCACCAGCCUCGGAGCAGCUCGACUCUUCCAAGCUACCAACACCUAGUCAACCGUCUGCCGAAGAAGGUUCAGGCGAUGCGGCUGCAAUGGAUGUGGAUAUCGAAGGUGAUAUCAAAUUGCCCACCGCCAACGUCCCCCGAUCAAAGUCUCCCGGAACAUACACCAAUCGGUUUGACAUUGACAUAUGCUUUGAAGCAAGCAAACUCCCUUUGGACGUCGCUAUCUUCAACUCUACGCGCGCUGCUGGCGGUGACGAGAAAAUCCGCAAAUACCUUCAGGCAGUGCUCGUUGUCGGGGGUACUGGAUCGAUGCCUGGGAUGUCGCAUGCUCUGGAAAGCCGACUUCAAGCGAUCGCGACGCCUUUAGUUGUAAACAUGGACAAGGUGCAAAUUAUCCCUUCACCCAAAGACGUUGAUCCACGUGUUCUCAUGUGGAAGGGGGCCGCGGUCUUGGGCAAAAUGGAUGGUGUAACAGACUUAUGGAUCACACCAUCUGACUGGGACCUCCUCGGCAUGCGGGGGCUGCGUGAACGUUGCUUCUAUUUGUAA